GAGAAACAGUAAGAAAUGGUUGAUUCUCCAGUAAACAUGUCACAGAGUCUGUUGACAUUCAGGGAUGUAGCUGUGGACUUCCACCAGGAGGAGUGGGAAUGCCUGGAUUCUGCUCAGAGGGCUUUGUACAUUGAUGUGAUGUUGGAGAAUUACAACAACCUGGUCUUUGUGGAGAACUGUUGCAAAUGUGAUCCUGUCCGUCAACAUGUGAAGACUGAAAAGGAGUCUUGUCAGUGUAAUGAGCUUGGCCAAGUGCUUCAUGACCCCUGCACAUGUGCACUUUAUAGAACAAGUGAAACUACAGAAAACUCUAAUAACUACACAUGCAGUAACCACAGCGAUGCCUCUAUUGACUCAUCAAAUCCAGAUAGACAUGAAAGCAUGCACACUGGAGAAGAACUGUGUAAAUCUAAAGACAGUGAGAAAACGUUAAAUUUGUGUUCCAACAUUAUUCAAGAUCAGAGACUCUACACUACAAAGAAAGAGCAUAGGCAGCGAGAAUAUCAUGACUAUUUCAGCUCUGCUUACAGUCUUUUGCAACAACCAAUCUACAUUGGAGAGACACCACACCAGUGUGGGAUGUGUGGGAAAUGCUUCAGUACUGCCUCAAACCUCAGUGUACAUCAGAGAAUACACAGUGGAAAGAGACCCUACAAGUGCAAUGUUUGUGAAAAAUCUUUUACCCAGCGUUCAACUCUUAAAAUACAUCAAAGACUUCAUACUGGGGAGAAACCUUACAAAUGCAAAGAAUGUGGAAAGUCAUUUCGUCAGUUGUCAGGAUUUAAUAACCAUCAAAAAUUGCAUACUGGAGAGAAACCUUACAAAUGUAAGGAAUGUGACAAAUCCUUUGCCCACUGGUCCACUCUCAAGAGACACCAGAAAAUGCAUACUGCUGGGAGACAUUAUAGUUGUCAAGAAUGUGGCAAGGCCUUUCAUCAGCUUUCACACUUUAGAAGCCAUUACAGACUCCGUACUGGAGAAAAGCUUUACAAGUGCAGUGACUGUGACAGAGCCUUUACCCACUAUUCAUCACUGAGCAGGCAUAGGAAAAUUCAUUCUCUAGAGAAGUUUCACAAAUGCAAAGACUGUGGUAAGUCCUUCCUUGAAUUAUCACAUCUUAACAGGCAUUACAGAAUCCAUGCUGGUGACAAACCUUAUAAAUGUGAGGUAUGUGACAAGUCCUUUACCUUGAACUCAACCCUUAGAAGACAUCAGAAAAUCCAUACUGGGGAGAAACCUUACAAAUGUAUGGAAUGUGAUAAGUCCUUUACCCAUUAUUCAAAUCUUAGAAAACAUCAGAGAGUUCAUACUGGAGAGAGACCUUACAGUUGUCAGGAAUGUGACAAAUCUUUUGCCCACUCUUCUGGUUUAAGGACACAUCAGAAAAUCCAUACUGGAGAGAAACUUCACAAAUGCAAAGACUGUGACAUGUCCUAUAUCCAUAUUGCAAGUCUUAGAAUACAUCAGAGAAUUCAUACUGGAGAGAGACCUUACAGUUGUAAGGAAUGUGACAAAUCCUUUACCAGUUGCUCACAACUUAAAAGACACCAGAGUGUUCACACUGGAGAGAAACUUUACAAAUGUAAGGAAUGUGACAAGUCUUAUACUAGCUGCUCAUAUCUUAGAGCACAUCAGAAAAUUCAUACUGGAGAGAAACUUCACAAAUGUAAAGACUGUGACAUAUCCUUUAUCCAUAUUGUUAGUCUUAGAAGACAUCAGAGAGUUCAUACUGGAGAAAGACCUUACAGAUGUAAGGAAUGUGACAAAUCCUUUAUCAGUUGCACAGAUCUUAGAAGACAUCAGAGAGUUCAUUCUGGGGAGAAACCUUACAAAUGUAUGGAAUGCAACAAGUUCUUUACCCAGGACUUUAAUCUUAGAAAACACCAGAGAGUUCACACUGGAGAGAGACCUUACAGCUGUCAGGAAUGUGACAAAUCCUUUAUCCAAUCUUGUGGUUUAAGGAGACAUCAGAAAAUCCAUCAUGGAGAGAAACCAUAGAAAAGCAAAGACUGACACAUCCUUUAUUCAGAGUUCCAAAUUUAGAAGAUAUUUGAAAAUUUAUACUGGGGAGAAACAUGGUUUGAAUAAUGUGACAUAGCAUUUUCCAAUAGUCUCUGCUUACAAAUCACAACAGUAUACAAAAUAGAAACAUAAAGAUAAGAAACUUGUGAAACUCUUUAAUGAAGGUUUACAUUUUAAAAAAUAUCCUAGUUUAUAUUAAAAUAAAAUUCUGCAAAUGUAA